GCUGGAAAGAAAAAAAAAAAAUCCAGUCACAAACUGCACCAUGCGCCUCCACUCUGUGGGUUUGGAUUAAUCACCGGGAAGUCGAUAAUACUGAAGUUUUUACGGAUUUUUUGACAGCCUCCGAAUAUAUACCAACUUACACACGAUGUGUUUAGUUUGUUUAAUCGCUUUUAAGGACAACCGCCGCCGGGCUGCUGUUGUGACGCUGCUCAACUACACAGAUGGACUAAGAGAUACAGCCACCAUGGAGGUAUAAAUCCAAACAGGAGAUCUUUCCCUGGAUGUAGGAGCUUUUCGAUGUGGCCGUUCACAGACAGCAGUAUUUCCAUUGAAGUUGAAUGAUGGCGUCACGUUGGGUUCCCACUUUCGAAGAAGACGACAGGCAACAAGCAAGAUCUUCCUUUUGCGAGAAUGACUCUCCAGAAGUGCGAAGUUUGGCUGACGGUCCUGCAGUGCUGUACUCUACAGAGGAGGAACCAUUCGGUUGGUCGAGGCCCAAAACUGUACGUUUAUGUCGCACGUCCAAGGGGUUUGGUUUCACGUUGCGGCACUUCAUCGUGUACCCACCAGAGUCGAGCCUGCACUUCUUCCCGGAAGAUGAUCGUGGCUUCAGAGGGAGGCAGAGGAAUAGGUUGGAACCGAUGGACACUAUUUUUGUGAAACAAGUCAAGGAAGGGGGUCCUGCUCAUGAAGCUGGGCUUUGUACAGGUGAUCGAUUAGUGAAGGUGAAUGGAGCCAGUAUAAUCGGGAAAUCCUAUUCUGAGGUGAUAACUUUAAUCCAAGAGAGCGGGGACUUUCUUGACCUUUGUGUGAUGCCAAAAGAUGAGGACAUACUGCAACUGGCCUAUUCCCAGGAUGCCUACCUGCGUGGCCACAGUAGCUACAGCGGAAAUGCUAGUCACAUCCCUGCCCCGCCACCGGUAUGCUACCCCAGAGUAGACUGUAAGCCCACGGGCAUGGCCCAAGCGACAGAGUCAUCGGGCCAGGUCUGCCGGGGCCCAGCAGCAUCUCUUGACUAUGGGUAUCGUAAGGAAAUCACCGUGCCCCCAUCUCCUUCUUGCCCGUCAUAUCCUAAAAGCCAAACAGCGGUUUGCAUGCGCAACGACAGCGUCAGGACUGUGGUGGUUCCUCCUAACUCGGCACACGUGGGGCGCAUGGUUCCGGCACACAGGAUUGAUUUCGUGGACUCGGCCUAUGUUGGGGGAAGACCUGGGUCACUGGCCCAGUAUCCUUUCCCUCGAAAGGCUGAUGUCUAUCCCGGUGGUCCGGGAAUGGUUCCCUUCGCUGGCCAAGCACCUAAUUACCCAGGCAACCAUCAGAACAUUGAUUGGCGCACUUACCAGACAUACAGGGAGUACAUCGACAACAAAGGCAUCCAUUCCCAUGGUAGUCGGACUAUUCAGGAGAGGUUGGACAAUUUGCGGACUGCAGGUCAGGGCUCCUUCGUUGCUGCUCAUCACAUUCCCAGGGGAGACUGGGCUCCUAGAGGGGUGAGGCGCAGGAGUACGUCCCAUGAACGGUCAUACCACGGACCUCCACCCCACUUUCAAGUUUCCCCACGCAGUGCUUCACAGGACAGAAUGAGGAACUCAGAGAAAAUAAGUCACGCAAGGAACUGGGCCCCUCGAAGCGUGUCCCAAGACGCCCUGGCACUGAAGGCGCAGGCUCAUUCCAGAGACUAUGUCGAACCUGUAGAACUGCUUCGACCCAGUGAGAGAAGAACAGUUUACCCAAGGGCAGACCAAGGAACAAGGCCCAGCAGGCAGUCCAUGCCCAGGAACGCCAUGCCCUACCCGUCUUCGGCUGGAUACAGCGGUGGCAUGAGAGGAGCACCAAACCAUUCUAUGUUCUCUAAAGGACCAGAUUCUCUUCAGACUCGCUCCUCACCGAUGCUGCCUACCGCCCUUUUUGGGAAGAGUGCUGAACAAUCCUUUACCGACCAAAGAGUUUUCGUUAAAGGACCCCGUUUAGGCCCCACUACUAGCCAACAAGGUCAGAACAGGAUGCGGUCUGAAUCCUUGCAGCCCUCUGAGGCAGGCAGAGAUGCAGCAGGUGUCGGAGUCAGGUCUUCGCCGAGCUCUGCUACGAGAGAGACGCCUCAGCGGCCUGGCACCCUCCAGACGGCCCAACAAGACCCCCAGAGUCAGGUCAAUGGUCAGAGCCCCACAGAAACCACGGUGGUUCUGAGGGAGAAGCCUCAUGGCGGCAAGAACCCCAGCCCGCUGCGGCACCCCUCCUACAUCCUGGCCGUGAACGAGGAGGGAGGGGACUCCGCGGCCGGCGUGGCGGCUUGCUAUCUGCCGAACGACGCGCGGCGAGAGAUGCACAUGCGCCGCCUCGAGGAGCAACAUCACACCUCCUUCUCCAGCAACUUGGACGAGUCCCUGGACUCCAUUCCAUUCAUCGACGAGCCAGUCAGCCCCAGCGUUGACCGCGAGGCUGCUCCGAUUCCUCCCUCUGCUGUGAUAUCUGUUGCACCAUCCAUAGCCACAGCACCCUCCAGUCAAGGCUCACCGUGCCCUACUAUUCGUCGGCAGCUGUCACAUGACCAAGAGUCUCUGCGAAGUGCCCUGUUGGACUCGGACUCUGCUAGUAAAACAGAGCGGUCCAAGUCUUGUGAUGAGGGUCUUGAUAACUACCAGGAGGAGAGAAGAGGUUCUUCAAGCAAGCAUAUGUCCUUCAGAGGCCUGAGAAAGACUCUGGAUGGGCAUAAACCCACUAGCGAUUCUGGAUCUCGUAGGGACUCAUCUUUAGAUGUAUUUGCGGACUCUUCCAAGGAGGGGCUGCUUAACUUCAGGCAACUAAGCACGGAAAAGAACAAGCGUGUUGGUGGGGGCAUGAGAUCCUGGAAACAAAUGUAUGCCGUUUUACAAGGCCACACCCUGACCCUCUACAAAGACAAGAAGGAUGCUCUGUCUCACGCGUCAUCGCAGUCUGACGAGGACCCGCUCCGAAUCAGCAUCAAGGCUUGUCUGAUUGACAUCUCCUACAGCGAAACAAGACGCAAGAAUGUGCUGCGAUUAACCACCUCAGACUGCGAGUAUCUGUUCCAGGCAGAGGGGAGGGAAGACAUGCUCUCAUGGAUCAGAGUCAUCCAGGAAAACAGUAACCCCGAUGAGGAGAAUGCUUUUGUUACCAGCCAGGAUUUGAUCAGUAGAAAGAUCAAAGAAUACAACAUGAGUGCUCCCAGCAGCAGAUCAGAGCCUUCCCCAAAACCCGUCCGGCCAUCGCUCAGCCUCAAGCCAGCCAGAGCCAAAACGGGAGAGGAGCGGAGGGCGCUGAAAGAUGACCCAAGUCCCCCUCGAGACAGAGCUUGGAAAAUUGGCAUAGCUGGAAUAAUUAAGAAACCGUUCGAGAAAAAGCAAGCUGGCAUCACCUUUGGUGUCCGGCUUGAAGAUUGCCCACCUGCCCAAACUAACAGGUUUGUCCCUCUGCUCGUGGAGGUGUGCUGUAAGGUCGUGGAGGAGCGGGGACUGGAGUACACCGGCAUCUACAGAGUUCCUGGAAACAACGCCGCCAUCUCUAGCAUGCAGGAGGAGCUCAACACCAAAGGCAUGGGCGACAUUGACAUCCAGGAAGAUAAAUGGAGGGACCUUAACGUCAUCAGCAGUCUGUUAAAGUUAUUCUUCCGAAAACUUCCAGAGCCUCUGUUUACAAAUGAAAAGUAUGAUAAAUUUAUUGAAGCCAGCAGAACAGAAGACUCAGUGGAGCGAUUAAAGGAGCUCAAGAGGCUUGUCUAUGAAUUACCCACUCAUCACUUUGAAACUCUGAAAUUCCUUUGCGCUCACCUAAAAAGGGUUUCGGACAACUGCGAACAGAACAAGAUGGAGCCCCGCAACCUGGCAAUCGUGUUCGGCCCGACUCUGGUCAGAACAUCGGAGGACAAUAUGACCAACAUGGUCAAUCACAUGCCCGACCAGUGCAAGAUCGUAGAGAACCUUCUCCUGCAGUUUGACUGGUUCUUUAUGGAAGAUGCCAAUGAGGAUCCUGUUACUGCCGCUGAGCAGGAAAGCACAGUUCAGUCUCAGCCUGUGCCCAAUAUUGGCCACCUGCUCUCUAACAUUAGCCGGGUUCCUGCCUCAUCUGGUGAAGUUUCAGACCCGGCAUGUCCUGACUCCAAUAAAUCCAAGGGCCUGUGGAUUUCAGGGAAUCAGUGUAGCAAAGAAAUGCUGCGCUCCUCCCUCUUCGCCAACCGCAAACGCAAGAAGAAUAAAGAAAAAUCCCAACUCAGCAGUUCAGACGAUGACCUGGAGUCUUGUUUCAACAAAAAGGAGUUCCCAGAGGAGGGCCAGAAGCCUCUGUGGUCCCAGGACAGCCAGACGGAGGACGACGGUCUGACGGAUGAAGCCAGGGAAGAAGACAAGCACAGGGACAGCCCGGGGGGUCGGCUGGACUAAGCCAUAAGGAAGGAGUCUAAGCUUUCGGCCCCCCUCCCUCCAGAGGACGUAUCCUCCAGCGUUCAGAUGCCUCCGUACGCCUCUCCUUCCAACUCCCCAAACCUCAACUACCGCAUGCCUAUGGCUCAUCAGUCCUCGCUGUCAGACCCGCCCUCCAACUACGACGACACCGUGUCCGACCUCGGUACCAUGAACAGCACCUGCUCUCAGGUUUCGCUGCCCAGAGCGAGGCGACACAAGCCUGCGGCUCUGGGUGCGGACGCAUGUCCCGGUGGAGCGGGAGCAGAGGUCUGCUCCAUCACCUCGGAUUACUCAACCACGUCCUCCAUGACGUUCCUGACCGGAGCCGAGGCCAGCACGCUCAGUCCUGAAGUGCAGUCUGUGUCAGAGAGCAGAGGGGGGGAAGACGCGGACGACGAGAGGAGCGAGCUCAUCAGCGAGGGCCGGCACGUGGAGACGGACAGCGAGAGCGACCUGUCGGUGUUCAGCGUCGGCAAAGCCGAGCAGAGGGAGCUUCUGGAGGCUCCCCGACUGCUCCCAUCGCACAGACUCAUCGAAUGUGACACGCUGUCCAGAAAGAAAGCUAACAAGCAGAAAACCGAAAGCGAGUCCUCGCUGGAAAGAGCCCCUGGCGACAAAGAUCCCGCCAGGUUGUCGCAGGCCGCGGGUCCAGCCAAAGGUCGCUCCACCGCCAGUCUCAGCUCGUCGUCCCGGAGCGAACUGGAUAAGACGGAGCCGGCGUGGAAGCUGAAGAUCACCGAUCGACUGAAGGUGCGCCUGCGAACGUCUGUGGACGACAUGUUUGGCGUGGGCAGCCAGAGGAGCCGGUCCCCAGAGGGCCGCAGUAAGAAGAAGAACAUCAGACGCAGACACACGAUGGGCGGGCAGAGGGACUUUGCGGAGCUGUCCGUCCUGGGGGACUGGUCGCAGGCGGUCGGCUCGCGCUCGGAGCUCUCAGCCGUGGACCGACUCAAACCAAAGUGCAGCUCUCAGGACUUCUCCAUCGGGGACUGGAUUGCCCGCGAGCGCCACCGUACCAGCAACCCAGAGGUCAGCCUGGACCUCUCAGAACAAUUUGGGGCGCUGUGCAGCACAAACUCCCAGAACUCCGGCGCGUCGUCCUCUUCCGAACUGGCGCGUCAUCCCGCCGAGGCGCCGAAUGGGGAAAUCGCGCAGGGUAAAAAUCUGAGCCUGUCAGCCACCGCUCACCCUCAUAAGCUCAAUAGUUCCCAGGUGGUCCAUUCGCGCUUCUACCAAUACCUGUGACAGGUGUGUGUGUGAGAUGUAUUCCUGUCUCUAUAUUCUCUGUCGCGUGACCAACUCUGUCGGUGAAUGAGCAUGUUUACAAAAGUUGUCUGGAGUGUGUCUUUUACCUGAUGUGAGUGCAGUCAUGAAAACAGAUCUACCCUCUGAACAAAGCAUGGAACAAAUGUUUAUAUGUUUUUAUUUUCUCAUGUUUUUAAUGACAGAUAAGUCAAAAAAAAAAAAAAAGGACCUGUUGCUAAUGAAACGGUGAACUAGUGAAGUACGUCUAGGGAAGUGUCGUUGAGGGGCUAUAAGGAGGACCUGACUUAUAAUAAUAGGAAGUAGUUUAAGAUUUUUAGUAUUGCAGAAGAAACUAUUUUUGUGUUGGGAAAGUUACAAUGUUUGAAGUCAGCGAGGCUGUCGGUAACCAAAUGAAGAAUGUACAGACGUGCUUGCUGUAAUACUGACUAAAGGCUUUACAGGCUUGUUUUCAUCCUAAAGUGUACAUAUUCUUAUUUUUCUGUGUACUUGAAGUGUGUUUUUGGUACAGCCUGUGUGCGACUGCUGACUGCCUCCAAGCUCUCUGCUGUCAAAGGGGCCUUUCUAGAGGUAUAAAGGUGACUGGACUUAUGCAAAUAGUCGAUACGGUUCAUGUUCAUCCCUGCAGCGUGGUUUAAAAGGCAGUGAACAUCAUCCCUUUUGGUGCAUGUGUUAAGCUGUUUUACUUUCUGGUUCAGGCGGUCUAUCGGUGAGCGGCAGCAGGAAUGAAGUGGAAAGACAAGGAGGAAAAGAAAUGUUUAAUUACAAAAAGAAAGUGCCUCACAAUGAAAUGUUAUGGGUGCCAUAAUGUCUUUUGUUAAACAUGUUGCUGUGAAUGACAUUUUUUUUUUUUUUUUUUUAUAAUCGUUCGACUCAAGUCAUUCUGCUGGUAACGAAAAAUGCCGAGCUUCCAUUCUUUAGGCAUUCCACUCUGGUCUUAAAUGUUUUAUACAUCUUUCUCCACUUGUUUUUUCAUCUCUUUGUUUUAACAGAACUUGAAUUUUAAAUAUUCAUUGUGAAACAAAAAAGAAAAGAAAAAAAAAAGAGUAAUUUAAAUGUACAUAUAAAUGCCAUGUUUUUAGCUGCUUUACUUUGCAUCUACAUCAGAUCGGAGGAUCCAAGUACAGUAUUGUGAAACGGCGCCGAUGGUGGCCGUCGUGGGCGGUUUUGUUCGUCUGUGGGGAGGAGGGAUGUUUGAUUCAGCUGGAUUAUUUGUUUGAAUAUGAUGUUCCUCAGAUUGUGAAGGAUGUGCAAAGACUCCUGAAACACUGGAAAUAAAUUUUCUCCAUGGUAGAAA